GGAUCACAAAGCUUAUCAGUAUUGAUUGCCAUGUUUUUAACUGAUUUCUUGUUGGCCUAGUUUAGUCUAAUCUAGGUUUCUUCAACAGAUUAAUAUUGUUCUCAAAAGCUGUUCUCAUAUUAGUAAAUAAAUAUACAUUCUACUGAACGCUAGUCAUCUAUUAUUCAAUUGGCUAGGAUAUAAAGAUGUUGAAAGACAUGAAGAUGGACAUACAGCUAUUUAUGCUAGUGCAUUAACAUGUCACAGGCGAUUCAUUCUUCUGAAGCUUAUUCAACACCUUCCUCAUCAAUUAUGACUUCAAAUGCAGAGGAAGUAAAACAGCAUUCUGAUGAUGGGCUUCAGAGCACGCCAUCAAAAUUACAGAAGGCUGCAGCUGAGUUCAUUGGCACAUACAUCUUAAUCUUUAUAGGUUGUGGAUCAGCCUUUGUCGCCCUGAACCUAAGUGACAUUGGUUUACUUGGCGUAGCCUUCACUUGGGGUGUAGUUAUAACAGCCUUGGUCUACACAUUUGGCCACAUCUCCGGUGCACAUUUCAAUCCUGCAGUGACCAUUGCUGUUGCGGUUGCUGGCAAACUCCCCUGGAUUAUUGUUCCACUCUACAUGGUGGCUCAGGUGUUUGGAUCAGUCCUUGCUAGCUUCACACUAAAAUGGUUAUUUUAUGGAAAUCCAGCAGAAGUCAUGCUCACUCUUCCUUCCCACGGCACAAACAAUCUUAAAGUUAUUGCAUGGGAGAUCACCCUCACAUUCAUCUUGAUGCUUGUUAUCAGUGGUGCUGCUGCUGAUGGCAGAGCGGUCAAGGAGCUCUCAGGAGUUGCAGUGGGAGCUGCAGUCUUUGUUGACGUUCUCAUAGCUGGCAAAGUGACUGGUGCUUCCAUGAACCCAGCAAGAAGCUUAGGACCUGCAAUUGCAGUGCAGAAGUUCGAUAGGUUCUGGCUUUAUGUAGUUGCACCGGUGAUCGGUGCAGUUGCUGGAUCAACCUUGUAUAGCUUCCUCAGCGUGGCAGAAAAUUCUCAUAAUGGGAAGAGUGCAAAAAGAAAUACUGAAAAGAGGAUAAAUUCCAAUAUAAUCUGCUAAAAUGUGUAUGUUUAGACUAGAGGUAAAGAUAUUGUUGAUUUAUGUCAUUGCAGAUUUCUAUUUGCGAAACUACUAUUAUGCACAUAUUAGAUUACACUAAUUUUCA